AUGCAGCGAGAAUCCAGUGCUACUAUAAAGACAGCUCCAGCAUCUUAUGAACAGAAUUCUCCGGCCAAAGCAAAGAACAUUAUUGAGAUUGACUGCCGAGGCUUGGAGUUCACGGAAUUCAAAGCAGACGGCGAAUGGGAAGCCACGGGCAUAGACUCGGGUACUAAGUUCACUGGAAUAGAUCUCUCUGAUGGCGAAUGGUUCGACUACGAUGAGAAGGCAGGAGAGGAGAACGAUACGCGACCAGGUGCAUAUCAACGAGUCCCUACAGCACAGAUCGAUUUUGCGAACAGUCACUCUGGCCUUUCGCACGAGAUCGUACCAGAAUCACAGCCAGUGACCAUGAACUUCACUCCGCUAAACCCACGACCUCUUCUGCAAAACCUGAUCAAUGACGAGGUUAUAAUUCGAUUGAAAUGGGGGCAGACAGAAUAUAAAGGCCGCCUGGUCAGCGUCGACUCCUACAUGAACAUUCAAUUGUCAAACACGGAAGAAUACAUUGACCGUAAACACACUGGCACGCUUGGUGAGGUCCUGAUCAGAUGUAACAAUGUGCUCUGGAUAUCAGCAGCCAAGGGUGUGGAAAUGAAUGGUGAAGCCGACACAAAGAUGGAGGGCUAGUCAAGAGGACUCGUCAAACCCAACAGUUAAUUGCUAUUCGAAUGCGUCGCCACGAAUAUCCGACCUACCUCUCAGCUGAUGAUCUGGAUCAAGACACAUUGAUCCUGACCGAUCAACAUCCUGCCAGGAAGGAGGUCAGCAACGAGAGAUCUACCGUCAAGCCCGCUGGGCAGCUUCCUGCGACUUCGGCAUGCCGGCCCGAGAUUUGAGCUUUGUUUAGCGCAUUUAUGACUUGAAGACUUGAUAUCUUGCGAUACGACAGCAUGCAUUAGGUCACAGGAAGGAUUAUGAAAGCCUGUCUAGGUACGCUUUCUUUGCAUGAGUGGAGGCCAUGGCCGGAAGCUCGGAUGGCUCUCCGCGAGGAAGUUGGUUUCGUCACUAGGCAGAACCUAUGAGCGAUUGAGCAAAGAGCGGGCAUGAAUAGCGCUCACACAAGCACAAUGUGAUUAGGUGUGUCUGGAGAAGAGGUGCUGUGUGGAAAACCAUUGCCAUCAAUGGCUGCCUCAAAAGGCUGUUCAAUCAUCGAGCCACGUAAUGCAACCAUGAAUUGACAAACGAACGUGUCAUGCUGAGUAUGCUUCUGUGUUCCUUGCUCUGUAGUUGCU